AGAGCAGAUGCGGUGAAGGUAGCGUCCAUAAACGUUAGAGCUCCUCAGGCGGGCAGGCUCAUCAUUUUUAUAUCGGGGUGAUCCUCCCUUAACACACCGCAACCAUGACUUUCUCUAAAAACAACAAAAUGCUCGGCCACAUCGGCUACCGUAUGAAAGUGACAAUGCAGGACAGCCGCACCUUCAUCGGCAUAUUCAAAGCCUUCGACAAACACAUGAACGUCAUCUUGGCUGACUGUGAGGAGUUCAGACUCGUCAGGGGAAAAAAGAAUAAAGAAGAGAAGCAGGAGAAGCGAACGAUGGGUUUGUUAUUACUCCGAGGGGAAACGAUUGUCACCAUGACUCUGGAAGGUCCUCCACCUACUGAGGAUGGACCACGUGUGAACCUGCCAGGAGCUUCACCUGGACCAGGUGUGGGACGCCCAGCUGGCCGUGGAAUGCCUGGAACUGGGGGUGGCGGUCUGCAGGGCCCAGUACGUGGAGUGGGCGGACCUUCCCAGCAGAUGAUGCAACCAGCGGCUCGUGCUGGACCCCAGUUGAAUGUUCCCCCAAGGGGAGGUCCCCCAGGUGGUAUGCCUCCUCACAUGAUGGGUGGUAUGCCCCCACACAUGGGUCGUGGGGGUCCCAUGGCACCACCAAGCAGCUCUAUGAUGAGAGGAGUUCCCCCAGGAGGCCGACCCUACUAGACAACCCAUCCAGACACCGGAAUUGCCUCAGACAUUAUGGUGGCACACACUACAUUCAUCUUUUCCGACUCAUAUGAGAUUCUUCAGUUAUAAAGAAUAAAUUAUCUAGUUCAAUCUGUUUAUCCUAAAAGAGGUAGUGUAUUUUCUUCUCACCUUCAUCCCUGUGUAUUUUGGAAGAAAGUUUUAAUAUAAAUACAGUUAUAUACAUUGUUGUAUUUAAUUACUGUAUGCAGUUCAGGGUUAUUAGUGGUGAUUAAGACAAGUACCUUUUAGAUUUAUACUUGUGUAUAUUUAUUGUAUUCAUGAAGGAUAUUGCCAGAUUAAUGUACCAUUAAUACAAACCCUUGUACUCUGUCCUAAUUUGUAAUUGUCAAAUUUUUUUAAAAUAAAAAUAUAAAAUACU